AUGCUGGUACCGCCAAUCAAUUUUUCGCUCGUAGUGGGUGAGUUGUACCGGAGCGGGCACCCGAUUCCGCUGAACCACGAGUUUCUCGAGACGCUCAACCUCAAGACUAUUAUUUAUAUCGGCGACCGAUCGGACGAGGAGAAUAAAGAGUACUGGGAGUGGGCCGAGCGGCAGGGCAUUAGGCACAUUACUGCGAAAAUGGCCUCGGUGAAGGAGCCGUUCAUGAUGAACGACCCGCAGGUUAUUUCCCAGUGUAUUGAGCACUUGGUCAGAAAAGAGAACUACCCGGUGCUCGUUCACUCCAACAAGGGCAAGCACCGGGUCGGUGUGCUGGCCGGUGUCUUCAGGUACCAGUUGCUGGGGUGGUCGCUUAGUGCUACGUACGAUGAAUAUAUGAGGUUUGCCAAGGGCAAGGCCGAAAGCGACUUUGUGUUUAUCGAGACGUUCGAGCCGGACUUUGUGCUGGAGAUGAGGCAGGUGCCCGGCUGGCUGCGGCAGAGCCUCAUUGAGCAGCGGAAACUCUCGUCUCUGAAGCGGGGAUUACUGCAAAACUAA